AUGUCUGCCCCCGAAACCGCUACCAAAUUCUCUUCUGCUGAAACCUCCUCCGUCGCUGGUGGACAACUCGUCGGACGCUCCAACAAGGGCGCCGUCGCACCCAAGGAAGCGUUGAAGCUCCGUUUAGACCUGAACCUCGAGGUGGAGAUCGCCAUCCAGGCCAAGGUCAACGGCGACAUCACCCUCUCCCUCCUUAAAUGCGCUCGCAUCCGAGAGAUGAUAUUGGAACGUAGUCAUCGGAUUGAGGACAACACAUCUUUUGUACCUUCGUUCCAUCUUCCUUGCAUCCAUAUGAUUAGUAUUUAG